AUGUCCUGGAACCGCCCCCAGCUCAAGAGCGGCGUUGAUCUGCAGCUGCAGUCCGCCUUUCACGAGGGUCAAUGGGCGUCCGUCAUCCGCCUGGCCGAGAAGAGGCUCCGAACAUUCAAUGACCCAUACUAUGAGAUUGUCAAAAUAUGCGCCGAGUCCAACCUCGACUCGCCGCUGGAGAGGUCAGCCGGCCUCAUUGCUGUGCAGAGGUUCGUCAAGGACGGCACUGUCAUCAAGGACGUCGACGCCCUGGACCUGCUCGAAUGGGCCAUUGGCAGCCUUCAGGAUGAGAGCGAAUUCCCCCACACCCUUGGCCCCUUGAAGGUCAGGUGCGUCAAGGCCAGUCCCAAGGACCGCAAUGCCGGCGUUAGGUGUCUCGAGUCUUGCCUCCUUCACUGGGACCUCGUCAGCGCGCAGCAGAUUGCUGCCAUCCUGGACCGGUCCUUCCCUCAUGACAGGACAUUCUUCUUCUGGAACGUCGUCAUCACUUAUCUUCUCUGCCUGAGUGACCAGUGCACUCCCGACAAGAAGAAAUUGUACGGCAUGCUGGCCCUCAAGCAAAUACAGCGUGCAUCCCAGACUGCCGGUACGGAUACUGAUAGGUCCAUCAAGACGGAGGAGGAGAUUCUCCUUCUCUACCGUAUCCUCGAGUCUCAUGGAUCAGACGCCGAGUGGAAGGCCGCCCUGGACCACCCUCACUUCGGACCAGUCCAGCAACUUCGCCUCGGUCGCAAGGACCUCUUCCUACGCGCUCUUCGCGAUUGCCUGACAGCAACUGACGAUGGUCCUGGGGUCAGACUCCUUGCCUGCGACUGGAAUGUGUGGCAAGACUUCCUCGCUGCUGCUGGGCAGCUCAAACAGGCUCGACCAGAGGUGAUUUCCGAGAUUGUGUCUCUUCUCGAUCAAUUUUCUGCCUCCGAAACAGUUCGCCCUAUUUAUCUACGCAAUAUCCUCCUGGCCCGUGUUGCUGCUUCUUUCCAACUUGGCACUUCUGAUCUUACAAACAAUGAUGCUUUUCUUCCAAGAUCAGAAGAGCUACAACGCUACAUAGAGAGCCAGUGCUCCUCUCCAGCGUGUUUCGACGAUAUCAAACGGUUUGUGGAGCAACUUGACCCAGAGGAAAUGAAGAGCCUCGCCUUCGAAUACGUUCCUCAUCUGGCAGAGAGACAACAAGAUCCCUUGCAUACAGCAAUUGUGAAGACUCUGGCGUAUCAGCUUCAGUACCUGAUCCUUACUGCUCCUAAUCUGGUAGUGCAGAUUCCGGUUGCAGCUGAUGCCAAGCCAAGAUGGAAGUCCGUCAUCAACGGUGUUGAAGGCGAGUCGGAGACCUGUUCUGAGAGAUUCCAAGGCGUUGCUGAAUCGGCGGCUUCGCUGUAUCGCGCCCUUGUAGGCUCAAUUGGGUCCUCCGAUGGCCAGGACCCCGACUGUGUUCCAGAGCUUGCUAUUCUCACAGCCACAGCCCUGAUCAAGCUCAGCGGUCUACGAGCUAACCGCAGCAAUCACCUCCCUUCGCCGCUUCACGUUGCGCAAAGUGAUCGGGUCCUCCAAGCUGCCCUCAUACUGGAAUACCAACUCACGAGGACUCCAAAGCACAGCCGCGUUACGCUACUCCUCGUUCGCAUUCAUCUCAUUUUGGGUACCAUCUCGAGGGCAAAGGAGUUAUGGGCCACAAUGGACGUCAAGCGGACGAUUAUUGACUCGCUCAGCCCCUAUUUCCUCGAUCGACUUUCUACGCUUUCUCCCGCUGCGGUGCUUCCCGUACCGAAUAGACCUCAACAAGCAAUGACCUACGGUCUCAAGGCUUACUACGGCACUUCCCUGAAGUUGAGGAUGCCGCGACGUCUAGCUGACGCCUUCCAAUCCGAGAGCUACUCAAGUAUCCUUGAGAUCCCUGUGUUUAUCGACCGCCUACGGAUAAGUUGCACCAUGGCAAUGGGUUACAUCGAGGAACUCCGGGCGACUCGUGCUCUGGGCCAUAAGGGCACUCCUAUCUCUGAUGAGGACUACAUCAACGAGAUCACACCCGCGACACAACUGACGGAGGUCAUCGAUUAUGGAUCUGUGCCUAACCUGCACGUCAGCACAGCGCAACCUGUUUACGAAGUCCUGCAGAUCGGACCCAGCCCAUCGAACGCACGCACGCACCUUGCCAUUGUUACUGAGAAAUACUUCGAGGUCCUCUCGUACAAGCCACCGUCGGCAUACAAGCCAGCAAACCCGAGCCAGGCCACAGCGGUAGAUAACAUCUUUGUGACUGAGAGCCUGCAGCAACUCAGCAACACCGCCGCCAAGUUCCUCCGAGGUCGGGAGACUGCCAAGUUCACCGCCCAGGAACAUACCUUCUUCGAACUCAUCUCCCUUCUGACCACCCUCGCCCCCCUCGCCACGUCGUCAGACCGGAGCGACCCCUCCGCGUCUGUCCUCUCGCAAAUCGCUUCUGCCGUGUCUGUCACACUGGAUACUUUACUCGAAUCAACGUUGUCGCUUCCCUCGGGAGACCGGGACAUCAACCCUGUGCUGAUGCUGAGCUCUCUGCAUGGGCUGUUCCACCUCCGUGAUGCCGCUGCGGCGAUCAGGCUCACGACGUCGUACAUUACCAGCUUCAAUGAGAACGAAAGGGCGCGAGAUAAGUCUGGCCAGAGCUGUCUUCCGAAAGAGACGCUGGCGCAUGCCAAGGCGCUCGACAGCGCGGCUGCCAAAGCUUUCACCGAGGGCAAGGCACGGAUCGCGCUGCUGAAGAAAGAACUGGUCAGCGGUAACCUGGAAAGUCGAUUGGGAUCCUGGACCACGGCUCAAUCUUCGGAUGACUCGUUGGCGAAGGAGAUUCGGGCAGCGGUCGGCGACGGCUUUGACGACUGGAAGAGAAUCGUAGCCGAUUCUUGGCGGACGAAUGUCAAGGGCUGGGAAUUGGUCAAGUGGGAAUGA